UGUACGGGAGUUUCGAAGCGUUAUAGGAAAAAGGCCGCCGUGGCCGCUCUCAGGUUCCUCUCUGGUUCGAGUCAUUCGGAUUACAUGAACGAAGCUUUUGACGGCGAAAAGUGCAGCACGAUGUGUGGCACGGUGCAGCUACAAACUGACUUGGAUCACGUGAGCUCGCCUGAGCUCGCCUAACCUCAAAUUCGCGUUGGGAAGACUUGUGUAACCUCGCGAUGGAUCUUGUCAAGUCGAUCUUGGAAGAUGAUCAAGGAAAAGCGGAUUUAAGUAAAUCGACGAAGGUGCAUAAGGAUGUGGAGCUCGACUUUGAUCUGGGAACUCUACUCGCGUCGGACUACAACGUUUUGGACGAGAAAGCUCUCAAGUCGAAACCAGAUUCAUACUUGAAAACCCUGACAAGAGACAAUGUACAAUUACUGAUAAAUAAAAUCUGGGAACUCCCAGUGGAACGGGUGGAUGAAGCUAUAGUGGCUACAUUGCCUAAGCCUGAGUACGUAUUGCCUCGUUCGCGUGUCAUUCCGAAACCUAAACCUUUGACCAAGUGGCAGCAAUUUGCUAAAGAGAAGGGAAUACAAACCAAGAAGAAGGGAAGAUCCAAACUGAAGUGGGACGAGGAAUUAAAGAAAUGGAUUCCAACAUAUGGUUACAAACGAGCAAAGACCCAGGAACAGAAAGAAUGGUUGAUAGAGGCUAAAGACAAUGAUAAUCUGACUGAUGAUCCAUUUACUAAAAUUAAAACAGCUAAGCAGGAGAGACAAUCCAAGAAUGAAUUACAAAGGCUUCGCAAUAUAGCCAGAGCAAAAAAGAUCAAAUUACCGAGAGUUGGUUUGCCCACUAGAGAACACUUUUCAAGUUCUCAACAGCUUUCUGAAGCUUUAACUAUAGCGCGUACAUCUACCGCAUCUGUCGGAAAAUUUCAAUCUAGAUUGCCAAAAGAGAAAGAUGCAAAAGGAAUUGCCAAGGAGGUGUCGGGAAUGAAAAGAAAAAGGAAAGCACCUCCGUUAAACGUUAGCCAAGAGAAACGUCAAAAUCAAAGCCUGGUGGAUAGCGUUUUGAAGAGCAAUACAAAGAUUCUACGCGAUGAUUACUCGACGGGAGUUGCAGAGAUAAAGCAGUCUACAACAAGAGGUGGUAAAAAGAAAAAAGGCGCUCUUAAAAACAGUAAAAGUAAAACCGCUAAAAAACCCAAGGCUGGAAAAGGCAAGCGGGAUUUGCACAAGAAGGUUGGCGGUAGAAAGCGAAGAUAAAUUCAGAUGUCUGUAAUAAUAUUCAUAGUAAUAAAUUUUAUGUUUAUAAACUUUAGAUGUAUUGAAUUUUCUAGGUGAAAAAUUUUAAUAAAAUCGAAAAUAACGUCGAGAAAAAAA